AAUCAAAAUGGUGGCGCGCUGCGAAGGUGUUAAUUAGAUUAAUUGUUGCUAGUUUUGAGCAAUUUAAGUUGCUGACAUCGCCGAAUGAUAACGCAGUUUGCGAAAAGAUAUCUGCGACUAAUUAAAGAUGACAAAAUCGCAAAUGAGGUGAUCAUCUUUCGUUGACUACACAUCAAUCUGCUAUCAAGUUGAUACAAUGGACAAUCUGUCAGACUCAUAUCGGGGAGAGCUGGAUUCCGUGACCUCUACAGACUCUCUCCAAUUGAUCACCGACGAGUUCCAUCUGCGACACCUGUCUACACCUGAUGUCUCUAACAUUGAACUGUCUAAGCGCGUAGCUCUGUUGGAAAUAGAGAACGAGCGAUUGCGUGUCGACUUGGAAAACGUACGAAUUGAUUUAAAUGCUCGGAUCGCCGCAAAUCAGGGUCUCAAGGGCAAGGUAACUGAGCUAUUUGUGGAGAUGCAAACGGUGCUACAGGAUAAACAAAAGUUACAAAAUGUAUUGACUGAUACCAAUAAUCGUCUGUCUGCCGCGGAAACUUCCGCGAAAUGGUACCAGUCGCAAAUGCAUAUCCUGAUGGCCAGCAAGAAGUGUUUACAGGUGGAGAUAGACACGUAUCAGAAUAUACUGAAACAACGACAGCACGCGAUAGAGAAUAUAAAUGUUAGUUACAAUAAACUGAGUACUGAAUACAUGGAACUUACGCAGCAAUAUCAGAGGGAAAAGCAAGAAAUGCAAAAUACGAUGAAGGAUUUGCAAUCACAUAUUCGAGCUAUCAACACCGUGCAAGAUGCAUUAGAUGGAAACUCGACAGGUAGUCCGACAGAUACGUCCAUGUUGUUGGAAGCGACCGAAGACGAAUUGCGAAACACUAAAGCUGAAAUGAAAAUUCUGGAGCAACGAUUGUUGAGCAACGAGAUGGCCAAAAUGUCGAUGGAGAAUACACUGAGCAAGCAGCGUAUCCUGAUUUCGUCCAUGGAAGAGAACAUGCAAGAGUCCGAAAUGGAGAAGAACGAGACUGCCGACCUGUUACGGAAAACGCAAUUUGAGAUACAAAAAUUGAGAUCCGAAAAUGAGACGUUACAGACUUCGUUAUUAGCAUCCAAACGAGAGCAAAGUCAAGUGGAGGAUGCAAUAUCUUAUCUGAGACUGCAGCUGACCAAAAUGAUAGCGCAAUAUAAAUUGUUGAAAUCCAAGAAUGCGGAAUCCGAAGAGAAAUUGAAUACCAUGCAGGAUCUCGUGAACGAGAAUAAACGCUUGAAGACUUUAUCAUACAAAGCGAAUAGUGCUCUGCUUAAAAAACUCAGAGAAGAGAAGAUUAAGAUGAAGAAUUUGGAGCGCAAAUUUUACUACAAGCAGACGAACAAUCAACUUGGCGAUGUGAAAAACAAAACAGAACGUUCUUUGCAAGAAUAUCUGAAACAAGUUCUGUCGAGAAACAAGGAUUUACAAGAUCAAUUAAAAUCGAUAACUAGAAUAGCUGAUGAAAGUAUUGAUGAAGGAUAUGGUGACAGCAAUAGCAUUAAUAAUUCCUCGAACUCGCUGGACAUCCCAUCGCCGUCUCUUAUAAAUUCAGUAUUAUUGAACAACGCUGUCAACGUUCUUACGCGAAGUAAAGACUUUGGUUCGCCAAUGCAAGAAGAGCUAAACGCACUUCGAUCGAAGAUGGAGACAGUUCAAAAUCAAUGCAACAUAUUGAAUCAACAAAAAGAUCAUUCCAGUGUCAAUGAUAUGACUUCUGUUCCAGAAGAUUCUAUAAUUUGAGGCUUAUUUCUUGUUCGUAAAUAUGCGAAUAGAAUACAGUCCUAGUAAUUACACAUUCAUUUUACACGAUAUAUUUAUAUAUAUCGUAUUUAAUUGAAUUUAAUUUUAGAAUUAUA